AGGUGAGCGGAAAAGAUGAGAAAGAGAACGAUGGACUAAGAAAAGAAAUGAAUACGAAGCAGAGAGAGGAAAUUGAAAGGUGGAUCGCCGGAGAUGAGAGCGGAGGAGAGAUGCUGAGUAGGGUGAGCAGUGUGCGGCCUUUCUUACUUCCUCCACCGCUUCACAGAGUUCCUCUCCGCGUCGGCAACGUCCUUGAAGUUGUGGGUCCCUCUCCUUCUGCCAAAACCCACAUUCUCAUUCACACCGCAAUCACUUCCAUUCUUCCCAAACACUACGGUGGCUUCGACCAUUUGGUUCUCUUUCUCGAUCUCGAUUGUCGCUUUGAUAUUAUCCGCUUUUCCCAAUUACUCAUUCAUCGCAUUACGCAACACCGAGCCGGGGACGCUAGUGGAAGAGGUUAUGAUAAAACGUUGUAUAAUCUCUGCAUGGCUCGUUUUUUGUAUGCUCGUUGUUCCGAUAGCUUUGAAUUUCUUCACACUCUGAGGACAUUACAUCGUCGCAUAGAGAAGCAGAAAGAAAUUCAUGGGGUUGGUGUUCUCCUGCUCAUGAUUGACAGCAUUGGAGCUUUUCAUUGGAUGGAUCGUGCUUCAAUGUUCUUGUCUCAAAGAGAAAACAACAAGAAAAAACUUUUCCUCCAGAGUGUGUCAGAAGCUAUAGUUCAGAAUAUCAAAAAACUUCUUCAGGUGCACCCUAUGCUUAUUAUAGCUACAAAGUCAGUGAUAUUUGGGAAUAGAUAUUCCACAGCUUCAGACAAGGUCAAAGGGAAUAUGGAAGAAAGAUGUUCAAAAGAUGUAACAAGAAACCAUCAAAAUUUUCAGCACCGUGAAUACAUGCCUUCUGUCUGGCAGUCUUUUGUUACACAUAGAAUACUUGUACGUUCUUCAGAUGAUCAUCCUGGUAAAAGCAAUUAUCAAAACACCUCAUUCUAUUUGUUGGAAUGGUUAUUACCAAGAUUGAGUUUUCCGGAUAAGAUUGUAGUAAAAGAUGCUGGUGUCUUUGUUGAUCCAUGAAGUAUGAUUGCUAAGGGAUGUCUAUAUGUGAUCUAUUACAGUUGAUGUUAUACCGAUUCACUAAAAGAACUUGAACAAAAAGAGCUUGCAUGAUGACUCGAUAUUAUGACCCAGACAGCAUCCAACUUAUUGUCAAAAUCCAUUUUCGUCAGAGGUGUUGUUAUUUUGGUAUGCCACGAGAAAAGGAGGGAUUUUGUUUCACUUUGCUCUUCCAGAAAGGUUGUCCAUUCUUCUAAUCAUAUACAGGGACAAUAACGCUGGCUGAGGAUAUCCUAUCAAAUAUUUUCUUGGCUAAUGAGCAUUGGAAGUGUAAUUAUUGGGCAAAAUCCAAUCGUGUCAAAGAAACCUACUGGCAGCUUCAUGGGCUUCCAGGAGGUGGGAGGAUUUAUACGCUUAGAUCACUAGAGUCCCUCAUCAAAAGAAGGAUCUAAUAUUGCCAACCUGAUUGGGAAAACUUCUGGCAUUUGUGCUUGAUAGUUGGAUUGUAUUUGCCCUCUACAUUCUUUCCUGUUCAUGAUUUGCUUACAUACUCCAUAUGUGUAACUUUUCAGUGUCUGUAAUAUUAAAUUCUCGCGCCUAUAGUUCACAUCAUGAGUAGUUCGAAUAUAAGUAUUACAUUCUUU